AUGAGGCUCCUCUGCGUGGCGAUUGCCAUCGUGAGUGCAGCGUUUCUCUUGACAAUCGUCUCGGGCGGUGCGCGUGGCGGUCAGAGCAACAAAGUGUCAAAGCGGGCGAAGCCCCUCGACCCCGAUGAGGACGAUUAUUACUACGAUGAUCCCGUGGACGAGAGGAACAAUCCGACGAACGAGGCGCCAGCCGUGCCGCCUGGAUUCCUGAGCCCGUCCGUGCGCGAGUACCUCGAUCUCGGUAAAUCGAUACCCGGUCGACCGGGCACAGAUUAUCCGGUGCUGGGAAAGGUACCUUACACGAAUUUCUACUGCGACGAUCAGUCCUUCCCCGGCUUCUUCGCCGACGUGGAGACGAGAUGCCAGGCGUGGCAUUAUUGCGACAUAGACGGUCGACAAGCAACGUUUCUCUGUCCGAACGGCACGCAAUUCAGCCAAGCGGUUUUCGUCUGCGACUGGUGGUUCAACGUAAGGUGCGAGCUCAGCCCGAAGCUCUACGCCAUCAACAGUCGUCUUUACGGUACGCCCACCGAGAGCCCGACGAGACCUCAUCGACUGAUCACGAAGGAGCUUCUGGAGAAUAUAUUCGUGCGUAGGAAAUGAAGAAGGCGGUGAAUGGCACGCGAUACUCGUCUCGAAACAAAAAGGAAAGAGGAGAAAACACGAUCAUCGCCCUAAAAGGAAAGUGCUUCCCUCGUAAUAGAGGAAUAGUAAAAAAACACGCGUGCUGUGAGAUCACCGGCGCCUCAAAAAAUAUCUCACGAGUCUCCGAAUACAUGGGGAAAAUUAUUCUCUCUCUUUAAUAAAUCCAUCACUCGGAUUUUCGUAUCUUCCUCCCACACGCGGAAGCGAUCGCAGUCACUUAACUAUUCCAUCACAUCGAUCGAUAGAAGCUAGCGUGAGACGCCCGGGCCCUGUCACGAUUGCGGAACUUUCAAAGGAAACAAGGAGGAGACGUUCG